UUAUGCUCUGUUUUUCAUCUUCUUCUCGGUUCUCUCCAUUUCUUUAUUUUAAAAAAAACCAACAUGGUAUCAGAGCCUUUCAUGAUAUUUGAGGGCUUGUGUGAGAGAGAUUUGAGGGAAAUAGACCACCACAAAUCCCAACCCAACUCAAAUGGCUGCCAGCAAGUUUUUUCUUUCAAAAUACCAUGUUUUUUCUAACCCAACACAACAAACUCCUCUGACCAAAAAUGCAGCAAAGAUGCUGUAAUGAUGAAGGUUAACUUUAGGUCCUUCAAUCUUUGAAAGUGGUUGACAAAAGAAUGCAACCAAUUGGUUAAGGCAGAAGGGAGUAUGUGAAGCUAUGAAGUUGAAGGUUAACUUGACGUCCUUCAAUCGUUUGAGGCAGAAGAUCUGCAAGAAGGAAAAGCAAAAGAUGCUGGUUUGAUGACGUUUUUUAGGCUGCUGGUAUGGUAGUGUUUUAUGCUACAGCAUUAGUCCAAAAAGGCAAGGAUGGCUUGUGAAGAUGCAGAUUGGGACCAAGAGAGUACUCAACAUUGCAUCAAGUCAUUUUCAUGACCGAGUAGCCAAAUCUUUAGCCCAAGGAAGCUGUAGAAGAUGCGGAAGAUGAUGAAGCAGCACUUUGAGGUACCAAAAUCCUUGUUUUAUUUACUCAGAAAAUGCAACUUAGUUGCAAAAACCUCCAAAAUUUGUUUGAGGCAGCAAAAUCCAAAGAAGGAAAGCUGUGACAAAGGAGGAGCUGAGGUUAUUUGAGAAGGAUGGUACAUGGCUGAAAAAAAAAUGAUGAAAACCAAGCACAAGAUGGACAGCAAAGGGCGGCUGAUCCCAGGUGCUUAGGCAUAAAUGUUCUGAUUUUACAGCUUUAACACCAAGGAGGAGUGUUGGAGUUGUGGUGUUCAAGCUGCAAAAGUAGCAGCAAAUGAAAUGCACAUGAAAUGCAAAUGCACAUGAAAGGCUGCAAAGAGGCUGCAAAGCUGCCAAAGGACGCAAGUUGCAGCAAAAGUAGCUGUUAUGUGUUUAAAUUUCAAAUGUACUUUAUUGUUUUUUUAAUGUAGAAUAGAUUUGAAUUUUGAAAUGUUUGUAUUCUCCUAUGUAUAGGAGAGUUUGUUAAUGAGAAAAGAGGAGUUGAAGUCAUAUACUUCUCUCCAUUUUAGCUUAUGCUCUGUUUUUCAUCUUCCUCUCGGUUCUCUCCAUUUCUUUGUUUUAAAAAACCAACACAGACAACCUUUUUCUUCUUUUUGGUGCUAUUGCUUUGUCAUAACUCUUGUUUGUAGCAUUAUAUGUCCCAGAGACUAAAGGACUGAGUUUGGAAGAGAUCGAAUCCAAAAUCCUGAAUUGAAAGCAUAGAAUUCCUGAAACUUUCAUCAUGACAAUAUUUCUCCAUGAAUUAUUCAUAUCUAGGUGAAGAGCACUGGGAGGUUAUGUAUUGUAAACCCCAUAUUCUAGUAUUUGCCAUGACACUUUUAAGAUGAAAAUUUGUUAGAAAAUGUAAAUUAAGUAUUGGAUAAUGGCCUUUAAGGUUAUAAAGAUAAGCAAUUUAC